CUCGGAAGAGCAAAUCAAUCAAUUAAUUAACGAAUAAUUAACGAAUUAACCCGAGUAUUGAUGAGCAAUCAAUCAACAGUUGUCAUCAAGGAACGAAGGAAAAUGCAGCCGGCCGGAGAAUCACGGCCGAAGGAGCAGCAAGGCUCAGGCAGGCCAAUGGUAGCAGUGUCGUCGAUUUGUUUGCAGGAUGGGAAGGGACUAAGAAAGCAGGAGCAAUUAACUGUGAGGUGGAACGUCCAAGAGCAAGCUAUCGAGGCGAGUGUUGGAUAUCCGCCAGCUUCAUCCUCGUGCGGAAAAAAACUCUUUUGGCCGCUGAACGAGCAUACGAUCACUGCAUGUGAUAUGGCGCAAGAACCUUGCAAUGAGCCUGUGGUAGCAGCUGUGGGAGAUGGGGAAAAUCUGGGAGGGGGUGGGAAGGGGUGUAAUGGAGAAACUCCUUUUCCCCUCGCUCCCUCACUUCCCCUCCCUCCCCCCCGGGAACCCCCUAAGGUCACUAAUGCAGAUCUGCUACUGGGCACACGUUCCGUCUGGCCACCUUAUGGCAUCGACACCCUACGGCGAUUUGACGUCCCAGACAGGUCGUUGACAACAACGGAUAUUCCAGGAGCAUGUCCUGCAAAGUUGCUGAAGCUGCCCUUGAAGGGAAUGGGCUAUGAUAAAUUGGACUCGAAGGAAUUCCUGGCAGUUGAGCCAUGGGUGAAGAAAUUUCCCCCAAUGUGGAUGAGGACAAAAAGACAUGUAGAUCCUGUUGAUCCUGUGUAUCAGCUCCCAAGUGGUGCCAGUGAUAUUCCAUGUGGCAACUACAAGUGCCACGUCAGCAGUGCCACGUCAGACAGUGCCACGUCUGACACAGUGCCACGUCCGACACAGUGCCACGUAAGCAGUGCCACGCCAGACACAGUGCCAUGUCAGCAGUGCCACGUCAGACACAGUGCCACGUCAGCAGUGCCACGUCAGACACAAUGCCACAUCAGCAACAUGACAGGCCUGCCGGGCCAACUGGCCAAUGAGCCCAUUGCCGACUACAAAAAGCGCUUCCAGGCUCAGCUCGUUGCAAUCGAGGCUAAGGAACAACGCCAGCUGGCAGUCAAGGCUGCCCAGCUACAGGCUGAAGAAGCGGCAACAGCAGAGAAGCUGCGGCUACAGGCCGAAGCAGACGCAGAUGCCCAGGCUCGCCGCAAGGAAGCCCAGGAUCUGCUGCAGCGGCAUGAAUCCACAAGCAUCGAAAAACUCAAGUUCUGGCACUUUGAACCAAACGGCGACGACGGAACACCGGAAGAGCAUCAUAAGGAGUUUCUCUCCAAACUCGUGACACGGUUGUUGUAUGCUUGCAACUACCAACGGUCCGAGUUGGAGAAACAGUACCAGGACCUGACGCAACAACAUCAGGAGUUGGCAAAGCUCCGCCAUACAGUGCAGAGCCAUGAGGAUGCAACUCGGGCACUCAAUGCCCGAUUGCUGGACCUGGAACAGGCUGUACCAGGACCAGCUGCUGGGGCUUCCAGCAGUGCAUCCUCUAGCCGCCAACUGCAGGAACGCGUUGACCACGUAGUGGAAAUGCUCGGCGACAUCAGCACCUUCGCUGCGCCGAUCACCAUCAACAGUCAGAUGCGUACCUUGAAGACCAAGGUCCAGCAGUUGCAGUCGAUGAAUGCGGAUGACAAUCCGAAGAUGUACAAGAUGCCAACUUUCCAACUGGACAAGUUCGACGACUACACACAGCAGGAUCCGGUCCUCUGGUGGGAAGCAUUCACAACGCAACUCAGGAUUCUGCCCGUUGCCAAGCACGCGUACAUCGGCGCCCUGUUCCUGAACUCAAAGGGCGGAUGGCAGACCUGGUUGAGCCACCUGGCAACCUCUCACGGCGUCGACGUACCGGACUUGAAGGACAAAAUCACAUGGGAGGAACUGACACGGCUGUGGAAGAAGCGGUUCAUCGUCGACGACGCGCCGACACUCGCCAUCAACCGUCUGUUCACCAUGUCACAGGGCAACACUGCAACACGGGAUUGGCUCACAGAGUGGCAGAAGAUUGCGGCGGUGCCCAAUCUGGAAUUGGCAUUCACGCAUCUUAGACGUGAGUUCUACAACAGAUCCUGCCCUGCAUUGAGCCAGGCUCUUGGUGAUCGCGAGCAGUACUCCACUUUCGCCGAGAUUAUCGACAAGGCGAGAGAGAUCAUCAAGACCAACAGGUCAAUUGCACACGAGAAAUCAACAUGGCAGCCGACCUAUGUGGAGAAGGUACGAACUGGUCCGCGACAGCAGCACUUCGCUGCAGUCCAGUCGGACAGUGGAGAUAACCCAACAGCCACUCCAACAUUAAGUGACGGAGAUCAGGUGGCUGCUGUCCAGCCGCGAAGCAACAAGAAGUCCCGCAACAAUGGGAAGGCGAAAUCCGCAUUGCAGGCCGGAAAUGGACAGCCAGUACAAGUUCCAUGGGUCAAGUUCGGCUUGACCGAGGCGGAGUACAAGCUCGGGAAACUGAGCUCCGCGGAAGGUGAGGCGACUCCACCUUCUACUCCGCCAGAUUCGGCCGCCUUGCUAGCGGCCUCCUGCACAUCUGGGGAGAACGCGAAUGUCGCAAGUUCUCGUUACACUUACGAGGACUAUGCUGUCCACUUGGUUCCACCGCUGGACCAAUCGCUCCAUGUGCAACAAUCUACCGCAUGCACGGUUUCAUCACCAUCGACAACCGAUUCGACAGCUUUGCCGCCAUCUAUCGCCGGGGAUUCAUCGUCGUGGUCAAGACUUGAGGUGCUCGACCCAUUGACGUUCACAGACCUCCAGUGGAUGCCCGUUCCCCCGACCGAACGAUUGCCGAAACAGCAUUGCAAUGUGCUCAUGGCACAACUGCGAGAUUACUUGCACAUUGCAGGACCAGCUCCGUUGAUGGACGCCGGAGUAGAGGUUGUCGACCUUCACGCUUACAUUGUGAAGAUCGACCGCGAGUUCAAGACGCAACACGAGGAUCACCCGGUGAACUUCUUCCACCGCACCGUUCACAUUCGUGAUCGGAACGGAGUACUAGUUCCAUGCACAGUGCCUCUUCCUCAUCCUUCGAUCAGCUGCCACGUGGUAUCCGCCGCAAGCAUGCGAGCUUCCAUCAUCAGAGGCGACAUCGAGGAGAUGGGGGUGUGUUUUCUCCACGCCCUCCCGCCACAUGACGCUUCAUCGACGGACUCACCUUCGGAUCCACGUAUCACCGAACUUCUCGACGCCUACAGCAACGUGUUCGAAGGCCCGCACGGAGUAGUACCAGAUCGACCCAUCCGCCACGAGAUCAUCCUCGAGGACGGGGCCGUACCUCCGCGCGGUUGCAUCUACCGAAUGAGCGAGGAAGGGUCGAGUGUGCUUCGGGCACAACUCGACGACCUUCUGGAGAAAGGCUGGAUUCGGCCUAGCUCAUCGCCAUACGAGAAUCAGGAACGCCGACCCUCUCCCACGCAUAGACGACCUUCUCGAGCGACUGGGCGGCGCCAAGUUUUUCUCCAAGCUGGACCUCAAGUCGGAUAUCACCAACUCGAGAUUCGCGAGGAGGACCGUUACAAGACCGCGUUUAAGACGCGAUAUGGGCAUUUCGAAUGGCUGGUUAUGCCAUUUGGCCUUACGAAUGCCCCGACCACUUUCCAAGCGGCUAUGACAACGGAGUUCCGACACAUGCUGGAUCGUUUCGUACUUAUCUACCUCGACAACAUUCUGGUCUACAACUGGAGUUUGGAGGAGCAUGUGGAACACCUGCACACCGUUUUGGAGCGGCUACGACAGGCCAAGUACAAAGCAAACCGCGACAAGUGCGAAUUUGCGCGGCAGGAGCUGAAGUACUUGGGCCAUUAUGUGACGCCGCAAGGCAUCCGUCCACUCGCGGACAAGAUCGAGGCCCUACGAGUAUGGCCCGAGCCCACCAACACCACGGACGUUCAGUCGCCAAAGGUGCCAUUCGUAUUCGAUGACGACGCACGCCGGUCAUUCCAAGCACUUAAGACGGCCAUGCUCAUGGCACCCGUCCUCAGCAUCUAUGACCCCACCUUGCCAACGAGAGUGACUACGGACGCUUCCGGCUAUGGCAUUGGGGCAGUCUUCGAACAGCACGAUGGCGACGACGGGCACCCUGUGGAGUAUUUCAGCCACAAAGUGCCUCCCAUCAACUCGCUUGAUGAUGCAAGGAAGAAGGAGCUACUCGCGUUCGUCAUGGCUCUCAAGCGAUGGUGGCACUUCCUCCUUGGGCGUCGUAGGUUCACAUGGGUUACGGACAACAAUCCAUUGACCUACUACAAAACGCAGGAUACGGUGAGCAGCACGAUCGGACGAUGGAUGUACUUCAUCGACCAGUGUGACUUCACACCGAAACAUCUACCCGGCCUCUCAAAUCGCGUAGCAGAUGCACUCUCGCGAAGACCAGAUCUUUGCGCUAUGACGCAUCAUGCCUUUGCAUUCGACGAGGAGCUUCAACGACACUUCAUCCGGGCAUAUGAGUCUGAUCCGGACUUCGCCACGCUGUACACACAACUAUCUUCGGAUCACCCGCCGGCCAGCCACUAUCGCAUCGCCGACGGGUACUUGCUCCUCCACUCGAGAGGCAAGGACUUACUAUGUGUCCCACGCGACCGUCGUCUUCGGACUCGCCUCCUUGGCGAGUAUCAUGAUUCGCGACUCGCCGGCCAUUUCGGAGUCAACCGCACUAUUGCACGGCUUCGACAGCGAUUCCAAUGGCCCGACCUCAUUACCGAUGUCACUCGGUAUUGCGACUCGUGCGAAGUUUGCCGACGCAGCAAACCCCGCAACCGCAAUCCCUAUGGCGAGUUACACCCGAUGCCUAUCCCAUGCGAACCCGGUCUCUCUAUUGCCAUGGACGUCACCGGUCCGUUUCCUCGCGACCGGCUCAGGCACGACGGCAUCCUCACGGUUGUGGACCGAUUGACAUUCCGAUGGGUAACGGAUGACAAUCCGUUGGUAUUCUACAAGUCGCAAGACACGAUUAACAGUACCAUUGCCCGUUGGAUGGCUUUCAUCGACCAGUUUGACUUUUUCCCCGAUCACAUUCCCGAGAAGUCAAACCGUUUUGCGGACGCCCUCUCACGGCGACCGGAUCUUUGUCCCGCAGUCUACUCUACCUUCGAGAUCGACGACGACUUGCGGGAGAGCUUCAUCCGCGGCUAUCAAGCCGACCCCCACUUUCGCGACAAGUACGCGAAUUGCUCCUCUCCGAAUCCAGUGCCUUCGCAUUAUCGGAUCCAAGAGGGCUACUUACUUGUGCAUUCACGGGGUAAGGAUCUUCUUUGUGUGCCGAAUGAUUCACACUUGCACACACGGCUUCUUGGCGAGUUUCACGAUGCGCCCGCCUCCGGACAUUUUGGUGUCAACCGUACACUUGGCCGACUUCGCCAGCGGUUCUAUUGGCCCGACCUUCUCAAGGACGCCACCCGCUAUUGUGAGUCGUGCGAAGUCUGUCGGCGUUACAAGUCACACAACCAUCGUCCGUUCGGCGAGCUACACCCAUUACCAGUGCCCCUUGGGCGACGGGAAGCAAUUGCUAUGGAUAUCACCGGCCCCUUCCCGAAGCACAAGACCGGCGUUGAUGGGAUCCUCACGGUCGUCGACCGCCUCACCAAGUACGCCAUGUUUUUGCCUUGCCGCUAUCACGCAAAGGCACCGGAGUUAGCCGAGGUCUUAUACACCGUUUGGAUUCGCUCCAAGGGCUACCCCAAGGAGAUCGUUUGCGACCGGGACACUCGCUUUCUCUCCGACUUUUGGGUCGCCCUCGUCAAGCGAUGGGGCUCAUCCUUGAAGCCGAGUUCGGCUCGCCACCCGCAAACCGAUGGUCAAACGGAAAGGGCGCAUCAGACCGCUCAAGUCCUUCUCCGCACUCUCAUCCGUCCCGACCAGGUUGAUUGGGUUGAACGCUUGCCAGACGUUGAGUUGGCUUACAACUCAUCGAUCCACCCGGCUAUCGGGAUGUCGCCGUUCGAGUUUGAGCAUGGUUCACCCAUCUCAUCGCUGCUGGACGCUACUUUGCCGCGCACAGCCGAGAGCGACGACCAUCUUGCGUUCCUUCGUCGCAUGCAAGAGAUUCUUGUCAAGGCACGGGAUUAGAUGUCGAAGACGCAAAUACGGAUGAGCCGUCAAGCCAACCGCAAUCGCCUUCCUUGCUCGUUCCGCGCCGACGAUCUGGUUUGGGUCUCCGCAGCGGAGUUCAGCCUUGAGCAAGACAUCU